AUGGUGACUGUCGGUGAACUGACGCAGCAGAUGCAGUCGCUCGCCCUCGAGCAGCGCGACGAGUCGGCACCGAGCGUGGCCAAGGAGGCCGCGUGCGCCGUCAUGCCGGAGGGCGCCUUCACCUUCAGCGACAUCAGGCAGCGCAAGGCCGAGCGCAAGGCGCAGCGGGCGGCAGAGCGUCGGCAGCAGCAGCAAAAGCAGAAGGAGGAGAAGGAGGAGGAGCCCUUGGUGGUCACCGAGGAGGAAAUGGCAGAGAUCCUGAGGCCCAGGCCCAUGGAGCCGGUGGAGAAGAAGAAGAAGAAGAAGAACCAGCGCCAGCGGAAGGCGCUGCGCAGGCAGCACCAGCAGGUCUACUGGUGGUGA